CAGGAAUCAUAAUCAACUGUCGAUAGUAUCCUCUUCUCUGUCAGGAUGGCAGACCCCAACACUAAACAGAUGCUACAGAAAAGUGCCAACAUUGCUGCUGGAGCAGUUGUGUGUGUAGAAAGUGAAAUAAGAGGAGAUGUGACCAUCGGUCCAAGAACAGUGGUCCACCCCAAAGCACGUAUUAUAGCUGAGGCAGGCCCUAUAAUCAUUGGAGAAGGUAACCUGAUCGAGGAACAGGCCCUGAUCAUUAACAGUUAUCCAGAAAAUAUUAUGCCUGACACUGAAGGGGUUGAACCCAAGACCAUGACGAUUGGAAUCAACAAUGUGUUUGAAGUCGGUUGUGUCUCUCAAGCAUUGAAAAUUGGGGACAACAAUGUAAUCGAGUCAAAAGCGGACCUAGGGAAGAACGUCAUUCUCACCAGUGGCUGUAUCGUCGGCGCUUGUUGCCAGGUGAACACGUGCGAGGUCAUUCCCGAGAACACAGUCAUCUACGGGUCCAACUGCAUGAGGCGUGUGCAGACAGAAAGGCCUCAGCCUCAGACGCUCCAGCUAGAUUUCCUCAUGAAGAUCCUGCCCAACUACCAUCACAUGAAGAAGACUGCCAAAGGAACCUCCACCCCUGUCAGAAACUAACCUCUGACUAACCGAAGAUCAGCAUUCCCUGACGCUCACCAGACCUUAACAAUGAAAGGUGUAGAGACUGAACUUGUCCUACACCAGUUGUCCUACACCUGUUGUCCUACACCAGUGGUCCUACACCAGUGGUCCUAUACCAGUGGUCCUAUACCAGUGGUCCUACACCAGUGGUCCUACACCUGUUGUCCUACACCAGUGGUCCUAUACCAGUGGUCCUAUACCAGUGGUACUAGACCAGUUGUCCUAGACCGCAUAAGAAGUAGUUUCUCUCCUCUGAGGCAUGAGAGCACAUUUCUAGCUUUUCUCACUUCCCAAUCAUAAGAGAGAGCCCAUAUUCAGCACUCCAUUGGGUCAUUAGCUAAACCAAUAGUAAAACAGUUCCUGGUUUUCUUUCAUAUUCGUCUAUUAUCUUGCUCUUUUUUUAUUGUAGAUUAUUAUUUUUUUUGUCUGUUCAAAUGUCAUAUGUUGUUUUUCUGUCUUAAAUUGAGCAGAUUCUGUUUUUAUGUUAAUAUAUAAAGGAUAUUUUUCAGCUUUGGUUGUUGUGAAAUAUAAAGCAAUUCAAAAGAAACAAUGAA